AUGGAAGAAAAGAGAGACCACUGGUCGGCAGAGGCAUACUCGGCAUCAGCGUCGUUUGUCCCCAAGCUCACGGAGACGGUGCUACAAUACCUCAGCCCGCAGCAACACGACAAGGUGCUCGACGUGGGAUGUGGCGAUGGCAAGUUCACCAGCAAGUACGUCUGCCGUGUAGCCUCAGUGCUGGGCAUCGACUCGUCGCCCGCGAUGAUCGAGGCUGCGAAAAGGGACUUCGGUGCAGACCAGACCGAGUUCCGCGUCGUAGACUGUAGGUAUCUCGACCGGGAGGACAUCGUCAACGGAACCUGGGAUAAAGUAGUGUCAAAUGCGGCCCUCCACUGGAUCCUCACGGACAGUACGACGAGAGUCUCCGUCCUGAAAGCCAUCUUCGACUCGCUCAGGCCCGGCGGUGCCUUUGUCUUUGAGAUGGGAGGCCACGGCAACGUACCGGAAGUCCAUACGGCACUGCUCGCGACUCUCGUACACCACGGCCUCUCGAUCGAAGGGGCACGAGAGGCCAGUCCGUGGUUCUUCCCGUCAGAGUCGUGGAUGAGAGAGACGCUGGAGAGCAUCGGCUUCAUUGUCGAGCGGUUGGAGGUCGAGUAUAGGCCUACCAGGCUUACGGUGGGAGCUGACGGCGGUAUCGAAGGGUGGGUGAAGCUGAUGGGUGCGCCGAUGCUAGAGGCCCUGGAUCCUGCUCGUCGUGAAGAUGCUGCGAGGUGGGCAUGCGCUUUGCUGGAGACCAUCAUCACGAAGGAAGACGGGAGUAGAUGGUUGGGAUACGUUCGUCUACGGGGGGUUGCCAUGAAGCCUCAACUUUGA